CCUUUCUGUAGCUUCCGGUUGUGCUUGUUGACAAUUUCACCAGGUUGGGGUCAUUUUCUGUCCGUUCAUCUGGUUCAAUUUGUAGUAAACUGCAACCGAAACCCGAUCGGAAGCUUCACCUAGACGCAUAAACUUUGAUGGAGGAGGUGAAGUUGUCUUCGGCAGAAUGAACAUUGGCUCUAAAAAUAAGAAACGGAUGGUGUUACCUAGCCGCCCUGAACCCCCCACAGUGGACCAGAUCCUGGAAGACAUUAAGAAAGCGUCUCCCAAUGACCCGGUCUUCAGCAUCCUGGAGAGAACUGGACAACACUCGUCCCCCCCUGCAGACAGUGAGGUGGAGCUCAGAUUCCAACAGUGUCGUAGGUAUCUGGAGCUGAAUGAGCAACUGAAAGAGGCUCAAAGCCGACUACGGCACCAGAGGGAGGAGCUGCAAGCGGCAGGGGAGCAGCUGGACAGAGAAGUGGAUCAGGUCAAAGGUCAAGUUCUCUGAUUCGACACUAUUGUGGUCACCAACUUCCCUCUUUUGUUCUGGACACUCUCCCUGAGCGCUUAUUUUAAUCACAGAGUCCUGACAAACCUGUCCAAAUGACCUUGAUUCAGUCUCAGGUGGAGCGACGGCGUUGCCUGACCUCUGACCUCACAUAUGAAACGUGAACGUGUCUCUGAGGACCGACAUCGAUGCCUCCUGCUGCUUCAGUAGGGAGAAACUUUUCAGUCAGAGCUGUAGGAUGUGCUCCUGACUUAACAGACAAAACGUCGACACAAAUUAAAUUUUACCCCACUGUGAGGUGAUGCAUGUUGGGAAAAGUGGAUCUGAUUUGUUUGAUAAGUUGUAAAUUAAAUUUAUGAUAAGUUCUGAUUACAUUCAAUCUUCAGAACUAAGGAAUAAUAACUGAAUAAAGCAAAAAUAUGUUCACACUGAAUACAAAGCCACUUUUUGCCCCUUUUCCCUUCCUGUAUUUAGCCGCUGGCCUGUUUUGUUUUUCUAUAAUUCAGCUCAGUCAUUGUGUUGUUUGUAACCAUGGAAACUGCACCUACAGCCUGAUUAUAAAGUAAAAGAAAGUAUAUAAUAUUUUAGUUUUAAAGCUUACAUGCCAAGACAUAAAAGAAAAAUACUGAAAACUAACAAAAAUGCAAAAGCAGUGUGUGAAAAAGUCCUUUCUUAUUGCUUCCACAGUAAUUAAGAGGGUUAGAAGCAGGCAGGUGCUGCUGAUCAACGCACUGAUAAACUGAUCAUCAUUAGUGUGAAGUCCUCUCUGCUGCAUCCAGGUGUGUUAACAUAAUCCCAAAGAGGAAAGACGUCAGCAAUGAUCCUGGAGAAGCAACUGUUGCUGCCUAUCGAUCUGGGAAGGGUUACAAGGUGAUUUCCAAACUAUCUGGACUCCAUCAUUCUGCAAAGAGGAAGAUUAUUCAAGUGGAAAACAUUCAAGGCAGCUGCUAACCUUCCCAGAAGUGGACGUCCCAGUAAGUUCAGCCCAACAUCAGACCGCGCAAUGCUCAGAGAAACUACCUAAAAGCUCCAUCUCAGACUCUCCGGGCUUCAGUUAGCAUGUUAAAUGUUAAAGGUCACAACAGUAUGGCUUGUUUGGAGAAAAAAACAUGUCACCACGGCACAGCUGAGGUUUUCUAAGCUGCACCUGGAGCUUCUACAAGCUGCUGGUUCAUGAGGUGGAAACAGUUUGUCACUCACUGCUUCUGCAUUUUAGCUUUGCUUAAUUAGUAACGAGGCCGUGCGACAUGCAGCUUGUACCUCAUUUUAAAGCUGGUCAGGACCAAACAAUGUUUUCAUUUGUUCCUGUAAAUGCUGGUAUUUGCUAAUGAUAAAUGGGUGUGUGUGUGUCACACACCAGAUGAAAAUAAAAUACAAUAAAAAGACUUGAGCUUGCAUUUAGCAUCAUCUUGAUCUUGAUUACACAUUAUUUCUGUUUAUUUAUGUGCUUAAUGUGCUUCAUAUAAUCGUUUUUUAGUCCCACAUCUUUUCUUCCAUCUCUGCAGAGACAUUUUCCUCAAAACAGAACUGAUCCUUCCUGCUGCUUUUUUUUCAUUCACUAGUUUUAACUGAGCUCAAGCAACAAAUAAAACAUCAGCAUUUCUCCCA